GGCAGGAAAAGGGAGGGAGCGGGAGAGCGGCGCUUCCGCCGCGUGGCCCCGCGAGCUGCGGCCGCCAUUUUGCAGCGCUCUGGCGUGUGGGCGAGAGCGGCCCGGCCCUCGGCCUGGGGCAGGGCUGUGAGUAGCAGAGUCCUCCGCAGCAGUCCUGGGCACAUCGAAACACCUGGGCGCGGAUUCAGGCGGGAGUAGGGAGAGGCGAGCCCCACACGUGCCUGUGUCAUUGUUCUGCCCUCCCUGUGUUCUCCCCUCCCCCCACGUAAGUUACCCGAGUAGUGCGCCAGGGACAUUUUUUCCACACUCGCUUUCCUCAGAACAGACUUUUAAAGCGUUAAGAUCGUUAGGUGCAGUACGCUGCUUCUCGUAGAGGAAUGCUGAUACACGUUGCGACACCUCCCUAAUAUCUCUCACCUCUUUCUAGGGGGAGUUAACACGUGUAGCGAGCCUCUGCUGCCCGGAGAGGGUGGGGAAAGGCAAAGUACAGAGCUCUCUUCCCUAUCUUCACUCCCCCAACCACACAUGCACAAAAGUCACGACGUUUGGUGGCAUCCAGCCAUGAUCUUGGUGUGCAGCACGAAGAGGCAGCCCUGUACAAACCUUGGUUCAGAUAUCCUGAACUUUAUUGAAGCCGAGAUCAAAUGCAGACUGAAGCAAUCAUCCCUGCCCUAUUUGGAGGGAAAUGGUCAUUAUCUUCCCCCUUUUCUUUUCUUUCCUCGAAACCUUUUCUCAAAGGUUUUUUUCUCAAGUAUUUCAGAGUGUGGUGAGAAUAGUGCAGAUUCUUUUGUGUGCUGUUUAUUCCCUUCAUUGCAAGAUGAAACCCUAUAAAAUUAAGAUCAGAAAACAAGAGAUCACACUAGUGAUCUACAUCAACUACUGUUCCUACAUUAAAAGCAGAGAAGAAACUGGAUCCCUUAGCAAAACAGCUAAAAAUAACUUUUCCAUGUUUCCUAGAUCUAUAAGAAAGGCUGAGUUAGAGUACCCUUCCAAAAUGGCUGCUAUUAAGGAAGAGAGAGAGGUGGAAGACUACAAGAGGAAAGGAAGACGAUCCUCACAGCAGAAAUACCGUAGACUGAAUAAGGGCCAUGAGCCGAAGGAGCCAGAGCAGUUGCGAAAGCUGUUCAUUGGAGGUCUGAGCUUUGAAACAACAGAUGAUAGCUUGAGAGAGCACUUUGAAAAAUGGGGCACACUCACGGACUGUGUGGUGAUGAGAGACCCCCAGACAAAACGUUCCAGAGGCUUCGGCUUUGUGACUUACUCUUGUGUGGAGGAGGUGGAUGCUGCCAUGAGUGCUCGACCACAUAAGGUUGAUGGGCGCGUGGUUGAACCAAAGAGAGCAGUUUCGAGGGAGGAUUCUGUAAAGCCUGGGGCACAUCUCACAGUAAAGAAAAUAUUUGUUGGUGGAAUUAAAGAAGAUACAGAAGAAUAUAAUUUAAGGGAGUACUUUGAAAAAUAUGGCAAGAUUGAAACCAUAGAAGUCAUGGAAGACAGGCAGAGUGGAAAGAAAAGAGGCUUCGCUUUUGUAACUUUCGAUGAUCAUGAUACAGUUGAUAAAAUUGUUGUUCAGAAAUAUCAUACUAUAAAUGGACAUAACUGUGAAGUGAAAAAAGCACUCUCAAAACAAGAGAUGCAGACUGCUAGCUCUCAGAGAGUGAAAUAUUUUGUAGGUCGUGGGGGUGGCUCCGGCAACUUCAUGGGCCGUGGAAACUUUGGAGGCGGUGGAGGGAACUUUGGCCGAGGAGGAAACUUUGGUGGGAGAGGAGGCUAUGGGGGUGGUGGUGGCGGUGGUGGGAGCAGAGGAAGCUUUGGGGGUGGUGACGGAUACAAUGGAUUUGGUGAUGGUGGCAACUAUGGAGGUGGUCCUGGCUAUGGCAGCAGAGGAGGUUAUGGUGGUGGUGGAGGACCAGGAUAUGGAAACCCAGGUGGUGGAUAUGGAGGUGGUGGAGGAGGAUAUGAUGGCUACAAUGAAGGAGGAAAUUUUGGUGGUGGUAAUUAUGGUGGAAGUGGAAACUACAAUGAUUUUGGCAAUUACAGUGGACAGCAGCAGUCUAACUAUGGUCCCAUGAAAGGUGGUGGUAGCUUUGGUGGCAGAAGUUCAGGCAGUCCCUAUGGUGGUGGUUAUGGAUCUGGAAGUGGAAGUGGGGGCUAUGGUGGUAGAAGAUUCUAAAAAUGCUACCAGAAAAAGGGCUACAGUUCUUAGCAGGAGAGAGAGCGAGGAGUUGUCAGGAAAGCUGCAGGUUACUUUGAGACAGUCGUCCCAAAUGAAUUAGAGGAACUGUAAAAUCUGCCACAGAAGGAACGAUGAUCCAUAGUCAGAAAAGUUACUGCAGCUUAAACAGGAAACCCUUCUUGAUCAGGACUGUCAUAGCCACAGUUUGCAAAAAGUGCAGCUAUUGAUUAAUGCAAUGUAGUGUCGAUUAGAUGUACAUUCCUGAGGUCUUUCUCUGUUGUAGCUUUGUCUUUCUUUUUUCUUUUUAUUUUCCCAUUACAUCAGGUAUAUUGCCCUGUAAAUUGUGGUAGUGGUACCAGGAAUAAACAAAUCAAUGAUUUUUUAACUUUUCAAUAUUUGUGUAGUUCAGUUUUUCCACAUUUAGUACAGAGAACUAUAACAGAAAUAAAAUGUAGUUUAGGGUGUUUCCUUGUUAGUUAAUAGAGAAGAUUAAUGCAUUUCUCAAUUACUAUUUUGUAUUAAUUUAAAGUUAACAAUAGAAACACCUAUUGAUUUGCAGUCUUAAGGGUCUAGUCUCAGUGUAUAUACGUAACUGUCAUUGACAUGACUUACAUAGGCAUACAGAGGGAAAACAUCUGUAUGUUGCAUUAUAGUUUGUUUAGAUGUAUAACUAGGAUUGAGUUACUCAAAUUAGUGUUUGUGAAUCAUAGAACUAAGCUUUACCUUAAUGAAAAUUUAAAAUACUUUUUGGUUUGUGCAUAUUUUUUUAAUUUGUAGUUCUGUAUUAGUACUAGCGCUUCAAGAAAAUAAGGCAUGAUAAAUAUUUUAACAAGACCAACUUUAGACACAUGAAAGCUGUCUCCCGUCUCAUUUGAGAUGCAUAAGGGAUAACUGAAGUUGUUUAAGUCUUGGGUUAAGAGAAAAAGAAACUUGCUUUUUACCUUUAUAUUUAUUGUAAUUCCCGAGAAGUUAAGGUGGGGGGAAUCAAGUGCCUGUUUCCUUGAGAUAUACAAUGAAUCUGUUUCAAUAAAACUAUACUUUGGGGAGGGUGGCUUGGAAUUUUCAUCCCCUUCCUUUGUCCCCAUUUCCUUUUCCCUCACACCAGACUGCACUGUUUCAAUUAAAUGAGGCGUCAUAGUGAGAGUAAUAGGUAUGUUCCUCAAUAAUUUAAUGGCUAUAUACUUUCUUGCAUGCACCCUAGGCAAUUUUCUGGACACAUUCUUCUGACUGGGAGCCAAGGGUAGCGCAGGUGUAAUCACUGACAGUCCCAGGUAAUGCGUUCCAAAAGCCCAUUCCCCGUGGGCUCUGAAGUAGUAUAGUUUGUAAGCUGUUUCCCUUGCAGAUGUCUGUGCUCAGCUAAGAGCUUGAAAAUAAAACACCAUCUAGUUGUAUUUUUCCGACUAGAAACACUUCCCACGAUGUAGAAUGUACAGCCUCAAGUUCCCCCAGGCAGAGUGAUAGUGUGCUGCGACUGGAUUUGGUGCACUGGAGUAGCAAAUGUUACCAGCGCAUAUGGCUAGAAAUGGUACUCCAUUCUCACUUCUGACCUCCAAAUUAAGGCACUGCAGUCUGUCCUGUCCUCAUCUGAUGUGAAUUCUCUUGACUAUUGCCAGGCCAGUGCUUGCUGUCAAUUCAGACUAAGAAGAGUAGGGACCCAGUCAAUAAAAGAAAUACUCAGACACUUGGCAAUAUGUAUUGGAAUUACUCACACCUGUUUCACUUCUGGGUCAAUGUGCAGUAUAAGGUAAAUGCAAUUCCAGUAUAGGAAUGAAUCUGCAAAGAUGUAUGAAAUGGCUCAAGGCAUAAUCAGUCAUAUUAAUAAUGAAUUAUAAUUUUUAAGAAGUGGUAGAAAAAUGAGUGUGUUGUUUGAAAAAAAAAUUAAACAUAUGUUAUUUAAACACUGUUAUUGGAGUGUAUUUAGACUGCAGUACACUAAAACAAGGAACCAGUGUCAAGAUGGUAGCCUCCAAAAUGGAUUUCAAAGUCUGCUGCUUAUUUUCUGUGGAGUUUUAAAAGAUCUCAAAAGUUAAAGCAAGAAUUGGUGGUUUAGUGAACGCUUCUGUUGUACAUAUUCAUUUGGGCUUGGGGUGGGGGGGAGGCUGUACUUCAAUAAAGGCAUUUUUUAAACAACCCAUUUGGAGUUUGAAAACAUGGGAAACUAAACCACAACUCACUAGGGAGUGAGACACCAAACUGCCGACUUGUUUUGUAUGUUACUAUGCUGUAGAAGAUGUGUAGACUUGCACCUGGGGUCUGCAACUGAUUGCAGGGACAACUGGAGGAUGGGGUUGAUGUCCCUUCUGACAAUUGAUCUGGUAUUUCUAAAUUUUUUUAGAAUGUAUUGACAGUGUUCUUUUUAACAGGGCCUCUUGUAGCUGUACUGUGACAACAAUGUUAACUUUGAAAAAUAGUGUCAUAAUAAACUUUAUGAACAAGA